AUGUCUGCGAAAUGGCGAGCUUUACAGCAUCGUCAUCGCUACACUUACAGCGCAAUCGUCUUUCCUCAAUACUACAAGCAAAGUCUCAACGACUUCAUUAACUUGUCUGUAUCUCAAGACCAUGAUGCAUCCACUCGUGUGUUCUACUCACAGCUCAAUGAACUCGUUUCUCUCAACUCAACCUACGCACAACUCAGUCACGCUAAAAAACUCGCCUCUGCUUUCACAGAGCUACUUAAAAUCAGCAAUGAAAUCGUUGUUUCUCAAGCGUCCAGAUUCUACCUCGAGAUCCUGUUCCUCGAAAACUCUGUACCAUUACACAGAACUCUAGUUUCUGUUCUUGCGAAAACUAGAGAUUUCCAGUCUGUAAUCGGUGAUUGCUUUCGAUCUCUAUGCGAAGAGUAUGCAGAUUUGAAUGGGAAUGGAAAUGAAAAAAGGAAGAGAUUUUGUGUUUCACGUGUAGGUCUGUCGAUGAUGAGCUCCCCAAAACUUGGGUAUCUAGUGGAAGUUGUUGAAGAAUGUGCGAUUCUGAUGAGUUUAGAUGUGGUUUCCAGUUUGAAAAGUGUCGUUUUAGAGACUAAUGAUUGGUGUAGGCCAUCACCAAUCGUUAUGGAACAAUGCCAAGAAGCUUUAUCUUGUAUCUAUUACUUGCUUCAGCGAUGUCCUUCAAAAUUCACCAGUUUGAUUGGAUUACAUGAUUCCAAUAUCAUGGAGACGAUCCUCACCACCAUUUUAAGUAUUUUGAAAUCUGAAGCGUUUUCAAGGGAUUGCUUCGUGGCUGCAGGAGUGAGCUUUUGUGCAGCCCUACAAGUGUGUCUCUGUCCUGAAGAACUUGGAUUGGCACUUAUGGAAGGUAUCUUUCAUCAUUCUUUAACUCCCAGUAACUCAUUUCAAACUGUUGUCAUGAAGAUUCCAUACAAAGGGAAUCUGUUUUCAGAAAUUCAGAGUUUCUCUCUUCUCAGUAGGCUCUGUUUGAUUAGAGGAAUCCUAACUUCAAUCCCUAGAACAUUACUCGAUACUCCUUUUGAAUGUGGUUCUAAAGAUUGUGAAACGAUACUUUACAAUGGCAUCUUACCUGAGUUGUGCAAAUAUUGUGAGAAUCCAACCGAUAGCCACUUCAAUUUUCAUGCAUUAACAGUGAUGCAGAUUUGUCUGCAACAGAUAAAAACCCUGAUACAAACCACUUACAUUGAUGAUGCAAAGAAUCAUAAUCCCAUUUCAGAUGACAUAGGUGCCCGUGUAUUAAGAAUUAUAUGGAACAAUCUUGAAGAUCCAUUAAGCCAAACUGUGAAACAAGUUCAUUUGAUUUUUGAUAUCUAUCUAGACAUACAAUCCAGUCUCCCUUCAACAAAUGGAAAAGAUAAAAUCCAAUUGUUCUUAAGAAAAAUUGCUUCCAAUCUUCUUCGAAUGGGUGGACGUUGUAAGGGUAGAUAUGUCCCAUUAGCUUCUCUUACAAAAAGACUUGGAGCAAAAACGAUUUUAGAAAUGAAUCCUGAUAUGAUGUUUGAAACUGCAUGGGCAUAUGUUGAUGAUGAUGUAUGUUGUGCUUCCACCACUUUCUUGAAAUGUUUUCUUGAAUCUUUGCGUGAUGAGUUUUGGAGUAGUGAUGGAGUGGAAAUCGGGUCUAGAAAUUACCGAAACGCCCUUUUGCCUCCGUUUUUACACGGGCUUGCUUCUGGAAACUCAAAGCUAAGGUCAAAUUUAAACACAUACGCGUUUCCAGUGAUUCUUGAAGUGGAUGUUGAUAGUAUAUUUUCAAUGCUUUCUUUUAUAUCUAUUGGAGAAGAAGAGACUUUACUCUCUUUUACAGAUUCAAACAUGAAUCUGAAUCUCACAGUUGAACAAAAGGUAGCUGUUCUUGUUUCACUUCUCAAAGUUUCACGUUCUCUUGCUUUGAUAGAAGGAGAUAUCGAUAGAUUCGAGAGUUCUGAAACAAAUACAGAUUACGAAUACGCCCUUGUCUGUGUAAAGGGUAUAAAGGUCAAAGUCCUUGUGAACUGGCUAACCUUGGCUUUAACUCAUGUUGAUGAGUCUCUUCGAACAGAUGCAGUGGAAUCCCUGUUUUUAAACCCUAAAACAGCAAGUCUUCCAUCUUCUUUAGAGCUAAGCAUGAUGAAAGAAGCAAUGCCAUUAAACAUGAGAUGCUCCUCAACAUCUUUUCAAAUGAAGUUAACAAGUUUGUUUAGAAAAUUCUUUUCACGUGUUAAAACUGCAUUAGAGAGACAAAUCAAACAAGGAACAUGGAAACCUAACAAUGGGAACAUUCUUUAUAAAGAAGAAAAAGAUUCCAAUUUCAAAAAAGCAGAAGAACUUUUCCAUUUCAUGAAGUGGUUGAGCACCUUCUUGUUCUUCUCAUGCUACCCUUCAGCUCCAUACGAGAGGAAAAUAAUGGCAAUGGAACUUAUCCUCAUAAUGAACAACACUUGGCCGAUUUUACAAAAAUACCCUUCUGAAACCAUAACUCCAUAUGAUGCGAAAUUCACAUCACCCGAAUCAACUUUACUGCUAGUGGGAUCAAUUGUUGACAGCUGGGAUCGAUUAAGAGAGAAUUCCUUUCGCAUUCUUCUCAAUUUUCCAACUCCACUUCCUGGAAUUUUGACCACAGAAAAAGUCAAAGAUGUAAUUAUCUGGGCUAAGAAGUUAGUUUAUAGUCCUCGUGUUAGAGAAAGUGAUGCUGGAUCAUUAACAAUGAGACUUAUCUUUAGAAAAUACGUUUUGGACCUCGGAUGGAUUGUGAACACAUCUUCUAAUGUUGUUUUCUCAUCUUCUUCUUCUUCUUCUGAUGAUAAUGAUUCAAAAACUUGUUCCAAUUCUCCUGUUGUGGAAUAUGUGACAUGUCUUAUUGAUUGGUUGCAAUCAGCUGUUGAAAUGGGAGAACAUGAUCUUUCUGAUGCGUGUAAGAACAGUUUUGUUCAUGGGAUUUUGCUAACACUUCGUUAUGGUUUUGAGGAGCUUGAUUGGAGUUGUGAUAAUGUUUCUGGAAUGAAGUGUGCGUUUGAGAAGCUUCUUGAGUUGAUUAUGAGAAUUACUUCAAUGGCUCUUUCUGUGGUUUCGGCUGAUGCGUGGCAUAUACCUGAUGACAUGGAUGAGGAUGACCUUGUGGAUGUUGAUGAUGAUUCUUACAUGUGGGGGGAAGGUAAUGCUGACGUGGAUGCUGAUGUGGAUGCUGAAAAAGAAACGAAUGGGUCAAAAUUGGUGCAGGAUGUUGGACCUUCUGAUCAAGUUGUUAUGGUUGGUUGUUGGCUUGCAAUGAAAGAGGUGAGUCUUCUUUUGGGAACUAUUAUAAGGAAAAUUCCUUUGCCUACAUCAGAUAUAUCAAAGGAUUCGGAUGAUGUUGUGUUGGAUUUCAAUCAGUUAGAGACUAUUGGGAAUCACUUUUUGGAAGUUCUAAUGAAAAUGAAGCAUAAUGGUGCGAUUGAUAAAACAAGGGCAGGUUUUACUGCUUUAUGCAAUCGAUUACUUUGCUCAGAUAAUCCAAGACUUAGCAAAUUACCAGAAUCAUGGAUGGAACAACUAAUGGAAAGAACAAUAGCCAAAGAACAAACAGUAGACGACUUACUAAGAAGAAGUGCGGGAAUUCCCGCUGCAUUCAUCGCCUUUUUCCUCUCAGAACCCGAAGGCACACCAAAACGACUCCUCCCACGCGCUUUACGUUGGCUAAUCGAUCUAUCCAACAAAUCCAUAACCAAUCAAAACGGAUCUGGAUCUGGAUCCGGAUCCAAAUCCGACCCAAAGAUCCGAGACGAAGGCGUGAUUCCAACAGUACAUGCGUUCAAUGUUCUUAAAGCAGCGUUUAAUGAUACGAAUCUUGCGACUGAUACUUCUGGGUUUUCCGCUGAGGCUAUGAUUAUUUGUAUACGUUCGUUUUCUUCGAAUUAUUGGGAAGUUAGAAACAGCGCGUGUCUUGCGUAUACAGCUUUAGUUCGUCGAAUGAUUGGAUUCCUUAAUGUGCAAAAACGUGAAUCUGCUAGACGCGCGUUGACUGGCCUUGAAUUUUUCCACAGGUACCCGUCAUUGCAUCCAUUCUUAUACAGCGAACUAAAAAUCGCCACUGAGCUGCUAACCACCGGCUCACGUGACCUGGCUCAAGCCGUGCACCCAAGCCUAUGUCCCAUGCUAAUUCUCUUAUCCCGGCUCAAGCCUUCAACAAUUGCAAGUGAAUCAGGAGACGAAUUGGACCCCUUUUUAUUCACCCCCUUCAUCAGAAAAUGCUCCACUCAAAGCAACCUUCGAGUCCGUGUCCUUGCUUCACGCGCUUUAACCGGUUUAAUCUCAAACGAAAAACUCCCCCUCAUUUUGGUCAACACAGUCAACGACCUACCACCUUCCACAACAAAAACAAAUCCCAUUUCUUCGAACACAACUCACGGCUUACUCCUACAACUAAUCUCUCUUCUCGAUAUCAAUUGCAGAAACUUAAUAGAUUCCGAGAGAAAAGAUCAGAUUUUAGAUGAGUUAGUUGAAACCCUCGUCACACGUUCUUCCAUCGCCUGCCCGGAAACCCACCCGACCUGCCCGACGAUUGUUACGAGUUUCUUACGGGUUCUUGAUGUCAUGCUAAGUAUUGCGAAAACGUGCGAUGGAAGCAAAAGCUUUGGCAAAAUUCGCGAUCUUCUUUCGGAUUUAUCUUCUAGAAGCUUGGAUAUGGAAGCUUCUUUUGGAUUACCUUAUUUCGAUCCAACAAUAUCCGAAUGCCGAAAACAAGCUGCCACUUCGUAUUUUAAUUCGAUCCGACAAGAAUCACAGAUUCAAGAUCGAUUAAUCCGGUGUUUUUCCGAUCCAUCUUAUGAAGUUCGAAUCGCAACGUUCAAAUGGCUUCUUCUAUUUCUUAAAACCUCGGAAUCCAAUUCCGGAUCCGGAGUCUUGAUUGAGUGGAUGAAUCUCCAUCUCCAUACGGAAAUGGUGAAUCUUUUGUCUUUAGAAAGGAAUCACAAAUGCGUUUACUACAUUUUAAAAAUACUCUUCGCUUUCCACAAAUCAUCUCCGGAAUCAAGAUUCUCGGGAAUCACCGAUUCCGAUUCCGUACUCCGCUUCUGGGAGAUACUAGUUUCAUUAUACAAACUCACCCGACACAUGAAGACUCGCGAAACGAUUCUAUGUUGUAUGGCAGUUUGUGUAAAGCAGUUUGCUAACAUGUUCAUGAAGAAUAACCAUGAAGUGUAUGAUAGCAUCAGCUACUAUGUUGACCUGGUCAAACUACAUUCAAACGCGUCAGAGCCUGUUAACAUCCGGAAAGCGGUUUCCGAAUCGAUAAUCGCAUCUGGGUUACUUCAAACGGUUGACUUCAUUGGUCAACAUGUUGACUUUGAUCGGGAUCUAAACACUUCCAUUAUUAACAUGUAUGCUUCUAGAACACUUGAUUUGUGGUCUGUGUCUAUAAAGCUUCUAGAAGACGAGGAUGUUUCUCUUAGAAGCAAACUGGCAACCGAUGUUCAAAAGUGUUUCACAAAGGAAACAUACGGAAUCCCGAGCCAAGUUGAUAAAGUGAUAAUCUCAAGUUUUGAGUAUUUGACUUCGGUUUUUGGUCAAUGGGUUGACUACUUUGACUACCUUUGUGAUUGGGUGUUAAGUGGUUCAGACAAUGUUGUGUCACGUGGGGAUCUUGUGAGACGUGUUUUUGAUAAGGAGAUUGAUAAUCAUCAUGAAGAGAAGUUGCUUAUUUGUCAGAUUUGUUGUUUGCAUUUGGAGAAGCUUCCGGUGUCUGGAGGUUUGGAUUUGUUGUACGGGUGGCGGAGGAGAUUCUUGCAGCGGUUUAUGGUGGUUUCCGGCGACCUUGGCGGGAAGCAGGCGGUGAAGUGGAUUGGCGGUUUGGGUAACCAUAAAGAUGCGUUUUUGCCGGUUUAUUCAAAUCUUCUUGGUGUUUACGCUUUGUCACGGUGUAUUUUCAAGUCAAAGUCAAACAGCAUUGGUUCCGAUUCCGAUUCCAAUUCCAAUUCCGAUUCCGGUUCCGGUUUCAGUUUGUCAGAAAUGGUUGAUCUUGGAGAUGCAGUUAAACCGUUCCUUGGUAACCCUCUCAUUCAUAACUUGUUUUUAUCGGUUGUUAGAUUAUAUGAGGAAUCAUCGGGUGAAUCUGCUGGUUGUUUGACCGGUGAGUUGACCGGGGAUGAAGCUGGGUGGGAUCGUUUCGAUCCUUAUUUUCUUCUUAGGUAAGAAAAUUUAUAUAAUUUAUGUGAUUUGUUUCUAUGCAUUGCAUAAUUUGAUCCGGUUUUGCAAUUAUAAAGUAACGAGAGAAAAAUGGUUGUAAAAGUGGAACGUUUUAAGAAAGAAAAAUAUCGGACAAAGAUUUUAUUCUCA